AUGGCGGUGCAUCAUAAUUUGGAGGAUUACUCUGAGGAGAUUUCUGGAUUGUCGAAUGAGGAGUAUGAGGUUUACGAGCCACAAGUGGAUGACGAAGGCCUCGAGGUUUCCGAGGAUGCGUACAACGUGAUGGAGUACAUUUCGCUUGACUGGCCGGCGCAGAGCAUUGAUAUUAUGAGAGGAUUUACUAUUGUGCUUGGGACAAAUCCUUCUGAGGAAGGCACGCCUGGGAUGGUGAGCAUCGAUCUGUUUCCAACGGAUGGGAUGAAGAUGCCUGGAAAGAUGAAGAUUUCGAAAAGGAACAUAAAGGAGUCGUACAACAAGGUCAGGGUAAAUGGAGAGAUGGUGUAUUGCUUGUCUGAUAACAAGCUUGUGGUGCACAACUCUAAGUUUGAUGAGGUUUAUUGCAGGGAGGUUAGUCAAGGGCUUGGAUACGGGCUUUGCUUUGGAAAGUCUGGAUGCAUUUUCGGAACAAAAAGCGGAGAAAUAUCUGUAAAUGACUGGAGCUUCAACGAGACUGGCGUGAUGAGAAUUCACGAGGAUUCCAUUGAAGGACUCUGCCACCACGAGGGGAUGGUUUUUUCUGGAUCAUGUGACCAUAGCAUCAAGAUUACCGACAUCCGGUGCAACAAGAGCAUUUUCCAAGGGAAGUUUGGAUGUGACAUAAAUGCCGUGGACUUCAAUGGAGAGAAUAUCCUUGCAUUUGGAGAUGAUAACGGGGUGAUUCGGCUGAUGGAUAUCAGGAACCAUUCCGUAGAGGAGAUCAAUAGACACAAGACACCUAUAAGCUGUUUGAAGUGGAGGGAUUCCGACAUCCUUGCCUCUGGAAGUGACGAGCAGGUAUGUAUAUGGGACAUGUCUCUUGACCCAGACGAGGAUGAUGGGUACCUGCUAUUUGUUCACCAAGGACAGAAGUUCUACAAGGAUAUUGCAUUCUGCAGGGGAGAUAACAACUAUGUCGUUACGACCUCUAUAGAUGGACUCUGCGUCUUCUAUCCUAUUUCAUUUGAUACUGAAGAAUAA